AUGAACAUAAUUGAAGUAAAAGCUUCCUAUGAAAAAUUGGCAUCCUUUGAAGGAGGUAUAAGCGAUAUGUCAACCAGAAUUCAAAAUGGUACUGUAAAAAAUUUACAAAAACGACAGGCAUCACAUUAUUAUACUAGAAAGUACUCUACAAAUGGUACACCUUAUAAAACUGUUAUAGUUACAGAAACUGCGGUACCUUUCAUACCUCCUCCUGAUACAGUAGGAACAUUGACACUAUAUUAUCCAACUUGUCAUGUAUUUGCCUGUAAAUGGAGUUUUCAUCAUACUUCUAAUACACUUAGCGUAGUCUUCUCAGAAACACCAACCCCAACUACGCUUACAAUAACAGAAGCUUGCAAAUCUUCAGUAUCAGCACAACCGUAUGAAGAUUCUAAUAAUUCAUAUCCAAGUGAUGGUAAAUAUGUUGUUUUGGGUACUAUUGGUGGUGUAAUUGUUGGCAUACUUGGUGGUAUUGCUUUAUCAUUUGGAAUUUAUAAAUUUAAAUUAAAGGAUGAGGGUAUUCCAACUCCAUCAUCGGCUCAUCAUGAACUUAUUUCUUGA